UAAGGACAGCUAACGUAAUGUAAACAAGGGUCCUUUCAAACUGGCGCAUGUUUUGUAUUGAGCCUAGCUACGCUAAGCGGGUCCUGACGACUGUCAAAACAGCAUUGUCGUCCAGAAAUGUGAGCAUCAAGAUUUGGUUUUGUUGGGACUUUGUGAACUGAUGUCUCGGCCAGCCCCGUCCCCAGUCUACACCCUGAGGGGUGCCAGUGGAGCCUUCAACGCCCUCCACUUCAGUUGCCAUGAAGGGGACACUCCCCUCCUCUUCUCUGGCUCAGGAAAGGGUGUCAUUCAUCUGUGGAAUUUGAACAACAGAAGGACAGAAAGAAUUAUAGAAGGUCAUUCUGGGAGUUCAGUCAUUUGGGUCAAUACACUUCACUCAGCAGAUACACUCAUUAGUCAGGGACGGGACAUGAGGGUCUGUCUAUGGAAUCUCAGUCAAGGUCGUAGUGAGCUAAUGGACUCUCUGAGUACAGAAAGUGUUGGAUUCUGUCAGUGCUCCUUGCUGGAGACUGGACAGAAGACCUGCCUGCUCGCCUUUGCAGGACAACAAACCGAGGAGCUUAAGAUUGUUGAGCUAUCCAGUAAGGCUCUGUUGUGCAGCCUGAUACCAGACUCCAAAUUGGGGAUGGUCAUGUGUGUCAAGCUGUGGCAGCCACAAUCAGGCCGUGGACCCCUCUUGCUGGCCGGGUAUGAGGACGGAUCACUGUUGUUAUGGGACAUAACCCAGAGGUCCAUAUUGAGUCAAACCAAAGUCCACCUUGAGCCUAUCAUGUGCCUGACCUUCGACCCAGAAAGUCGGAGGGGUAUAUCGGCUUCUUCAGAGAAUAAGCUCUUCUCCUGGAUCUUGGAUGGACAGAAUAACCUGCUGCUACGAGACUGCGUGACUCUAACCAACCCUGGUGUUUCCCAGCUGAGUAUCAGAGGAGAUGGUAAACUGUUAGCAUCCGCAGGCUGGGACCACCGGGUACGGGUAUUUGGCUGGAAGAAGCUGCGACCUCUUGCAGUGUUGCAGUACCACCGUGACAUGGUGCUGAGCGUUGCAUUCUCCGACCACAAGGACCCCAGGCAAAGACUUCUGGCUGCUGGAUCCAAAGACCAACGCAUCAGCCUCUGGUCAAUAUACAAUGAGGUACCUGACACUGGCUGACCCUCCGAAUGUAAUGCUAAUGCUAAUGCUCAGUGGAAGGGGCGAAUGCAAGAGAGGGGGCCGCGGGCACCCUGCCUCCCCCAAGGACCACAUGAGUCCCAUGUUAUCAAAAUAGCUCACCAGUGAUGGACAUUGUGACUUCUGAAGGAUGUUCAAGAAGUACUUAUUUCAAAAUGGAAACGCUUCCAGAUAGCAAUAAAGUGUUGCACAUUGAUAUUGA